CCACCAAAUCGAACUGAAAACUUGAUUACUUUAAUUGUAAAUGUAUUUGUCGUAUCAGUCACCCACAAUUUUUUUAAUUUGAUCUUCGAACUUUUUUGCAGUGACUCUUUUAAAGUUACGAGUCUUGAUGAUCUCUUCCUUCUUUCACUCUUCUCUCAACCUCAAACUCUCUCUUCUCUCUCGAAUGGUGUGACUUUAAUUCUUCAUUUUUAACCCUAAAAUCUCAAUUCUCCUAAUUUGGAUUCUUGCUUUUCACUUCGCGGGCUGUCAAUAUCUACAACAGUUACGAACAGCUCAGUCCCAAGGGAUGCAAUUUCCAAAGUAAGAAGCCCAGGAUUCGUGAUUUUUAGGGUUCCACUGUUCCCCAUUCUUCCUUUACCUAAUUUUUUUGGGAGUGUAGUUGUUUAAACAAUAUCUCUGGGCUGGUUGUUGUGUGAGUAAGAGGAUGACAAAGGAGUUUGUCAGAAGUGAUAUUGAGGAGAUUCCAUAUUCUGGGUCUUCGAGAGUAGAACUAAAGCGGAGUCAUCAGUGGUUGACAGAACCGUCUGGCUCACAACUACUCGGUAACAAGAGACACUUGAUAGAGAUUGGUGCAGCACAUAUGAAUCUUUCUGCAUGGGACAAUUCUCUUGUGCCCUCCCAGUUAACUAAUUGCUUAUUCGAUCCUGCCAUUGCGCAUACAUCACAUCUCCUUGGUCAACAGCAUACUGAGGCGGAGCAAUGCAGUAAUGUUGUUUCGUCAAUUGGUUUGCCAGUGGUCCAUGGUAGCACACUGAAUCUUGACACCAUCAGAAAAGUUAAAGUCUCUGAAACUGCCAACAUUCCCGAAUUCAUGGUUCAGCUUUAUGGGGGAGUUUCAAGAUCAUCUGAAACAGGUCCUUCAUAUAAUAAUAGCAGUCAAGAUAGCACUCUGUCCUUUGACAAGAGCUUCGUCUUGCCAGGGCAAUUCGCUAGCAAGGCGGAUGGAAAUUUCUGUCGAAACUUCAGCAACCAAGGUGUUGGUGCCACACCAAUGGGUGAGAACUUUGUAUUGAUGGGUCAGUCUCUUCAAAAGGCUGAUUGUAAUAUCUUCUCAAUGAGUUCCUCCUACACCAAGGAACUGGAGAACUUUAUGUCUCUACACUCUCGUGACAGAGUACCUGAAAAUGUUUUCAUGGCGGGACCAAACUGUUGCAAAGAAAAUACCAAUGUGUUUUCAAGAGGGGAGUCCCUAUACACGCAAGGUGGUGACAUGGCAUCUAUGGUUUCUUGCCAAGGAAGAGCAGACGAAACCAGUGAUCACGAAGAGAGAAGCCAGACCAUAUCUUUUGGAGAUUAUUAUCAGAAAGAAACCACACUGGGUUCAUCAGUUCGUGUUAUUAACAGUUUUGAGAACUUCAGCCAUGACCCUGCAACUGCUAAAGUUCCUCUUUAUAUGGAAGCAGAGGAAAACAUGUCUUUUGAAUUUGGGAAUCCCCUAUAUGCUAGUCCUAGAGUUGAUACCUUACUCGUGCCCAAAAGUCAUGUUUCAAAGACAGCUAAGAAGGGUUCUACAAACACAUUUCCUUCAAAUGUGAAGUCCUUGUUGUCAACCGGAAUGUUUGAUGGGGUUAAUGUGAAGUACUAUUCGUGGUCACGUGAGAAAAAUCUCAAAGGAAUCAUAAAGGGGACUGGGUAUCUAUGUGGUUGCAGCAACUGUAACUUUAAUAAAGUUCUUAAUGCUUAUGAGUUCGAGCAGCAUGCUAAUUGCAAGACAAAGCACCCAAAUAACCACAUAUACUUUGAGAAUGGAAAGACCAUUUAUGGCGUUGUUCAAGAGCUGAAGAAUUCACCUCAGGAGAAGUUGUUCGAUGCUAUUCAAAAUGUCACAGGAUCUGAUAUCAACCAAAAGAAUUUCAACAUCUGGAAAGCUUCAUAUCAAGUUGCCAGCCUUGAGCUUAAGCGUAUCUAUGGGAAAGAUGCAGUCACUUUGGCCUCUUGAGAAGAGAAGUUAUCAACUGGAAGGUUUUUUGUCGUAAGUGAAAUCCAUUCUUAAUCCCUCUGUAACUAUAGCUUCUGAUAUAAUAAAUCAGAACCGUGUACUGCUAUGAUGAAGUCUAGUUCGUUUACUCAAGUACAAAGUACUGCAAGGACAGAAAAUUCUAAGCUUUUA